AUGGACGCUGUUGUUGUGAAUCUACUAAAAGGCUCUCUACCAGAUGUGAAGCACCGCCAGCCGUACCAACGCUGGAUAUUCUGGACGGACGAGUCUCCAAUAAACACAUUUCCUAUUCCAGGACGGUAUAAACCCAGUUUUAAGCAACUGGCUAAUGUCUUUAACUGGUCUAUGUCAUACAGAUCUGACUCUGAUAUCCCAGUACCGUAUGGCCGGACAAUACCUCUUCGGUACCCGAAACUAAACGACAGAACUGACAAAGAGUUGGAAGGACUCGUGCCAUAUUGGAAACGAAAACAGACGAACGUUUUGGCCGCAAUCGUCAUGUCGCGCUGCCUCGGAUUUCGGAUGCAGUUUUUGAUGCAGCUACAGAGGUUUAUUAACGUGGACUUGUUUGGAAAAUGCGCGGUUGUUCCUAAUAAUACGAAUAAGUGCCCAGGUCACUUCAAAGAAGACUGUCCAAUAAUAGCCGAAUACCUGUUCUACUUAGUAAUAGAAAACUCAAAAUGCCGCCAAUACAUAUCAGAAAAAGUUUUCCAUCACGCAUACUCAAAAGGCGCCAUACCUAUCAUCAUGGGGGCACCUUUAGUAGACUGUAUUAAAAUUUUACCCCCUAACUCUUUCAUACAUAUGGAUAAUUUUGCUUCUGUAAAACUUUUAGCUAGGGAAAUAUAUGCUAUACGUGCUAAUAUUACAAAAUUAUUGUCUUAUCACGCGUGGAGAAUUGAUUUUGAAACUGUGGAAGAGCAUGGAUUUCUUGGUACUAGGUCUUUAGCUUUGUGUAGAGUUUGUGAAGCUCUAAAUUAUAAUGAUAAUGCUAGGAAAGUUUAUGAUAUAGAGGAUAUUAUGUUGUAUUUGGAUCCAGCUGUGUGUUGUUUUAGGGAUCCUUACUCGAGACAGGCGGACACGCCAUACAUCAAAACUCAUUUGCCUAUCUAUGUGUGA